AUGUCGAAUGUUCCCACCCCACCCCCUUCGUACAGAGAGUCUGCACAAACGCCCGCUCCACCCCCUCUGGGCCGGCCAGAGUUAUCGCCUUUAACCCUCGAUGGAAAUCUGAUCUAUCCAGUCGCCCCUCCAACAACGGCUCUGUACGAGCUAACUCAUGAGCUAGAUGCUGGAUACAGAAAAAUCGGGAUUUCCCGUCUCUGUCCAAACAGAAACACAGCCCAGUACGGGAUCAUAAGAGAGAAGCACAUAUAUGAUUUCUCACAACCUAUAUUUUCUUCUUCCGUCGAGAUAACUGGGAAGAGACAGAGCUGUCUUUCAGCGGUCUUGUGUUUGCGCAUGUCUCGCGGCAUCAUCAAGAGGGGAUGGGAGCUCUUCCGGCUACGUCUAAACGGACAGGCGGACGAUCUAGUAUUUCGCAUAAGGCCUACGCGUAGCCCCGAAAAGCAAGAAACAUUACAAUGGGAAGACGCAGAUCAGUCUCUCGUUGCUGUUGAGACUGUCUGUAUACCUGGUGGUGCUAACGUGAGGCCUGUGCUUCAUAUUGUCCGUGACAUGGAUGAUCGGUUGAUUGAUGCUCUGAUCACGGCCUGGUGUGCAAAGAUAUGGAUUGGGCAUCAGUUUGCUGCAGGAGAAAUGAAAAACCUGGAAGCCGACAUGGUGACUGGGCCGAUGGAGGUGAUUAUGAACGGAUGCUUAUACGGCUAUUUUGGACACAAUAGAGAUCAAUAG